AUGCCCACACUCUUUUACAUCCUCAUACUUCUCUCAUUCUCUCAUUCAAUUACCACAUCUCAAUCCCUUUGUUUAGAAGCUCUCACUCCUUGCGUCCUAACCGCAUCAGACGGAGGCAUCGUGCAAGCAUACUGCGAAGAAACCAUCACUCCUUGCGUCUUGACAGCCUCGAACGGCGCCAUCAUUCAAGCUUACUGCGAGCCGAGUUGGAUUAGCCAGCCAUUCGCCAGCAUCACUGGCAUUCCAGCCCUACAGAAUACAACCCACACGACUGCACUUUUCCAGAUUCUUGGGACUAAUUCACAUACAAUAUCCUAUAAUGGAAGGACAAAAACCGCGACAUCUCUCUCGGCCGCGAGUACGGAAUCUCCCCCUUUACCGAGUCCAAAUCCUUCUACUAGUUCUAGUACAUCUUUCUCAUCUACGAAAAUUACCAUCUCGCCUCUGGCGAGCCCACCACCGACUGCUGCAAGAACUUCAUCGCAGCCCGGUGCACAGGCAUCCCCUACCGCCGCCUUCCUCGCAAGUACUGCACUUGCCGCAGGUCCUUACUGCCUAGCCAAGUAA